UCCUUAUACUUGCGAUAUAGCACAUAACACCCCUGAACUUUGUGCAUAUAUGUUAUUCACCCACCAACUUUUAUCCACAACCACCAACUUUUUACUUGCCAACAAUUUACAGAUGCAGAGCUGAAUUUCACCCAUUUACCAUUUCCAUCUCCCACUCUUCACCCCCAUCUCCAUAAACCCCAUUUGGCGCGUCAUUUCAUCCAAACCAAAAUUCAGGGGCACACACACUUUCACGCGCCGCGCAAUUUCUCCUCUCUGUGCGCAUAUUUACGCGCAGUUGGCCGUGAUUUUCCGAUAAAAAAAUGGGUAACCGUCGCUUCGCUCAGGCGCCUACCAGCGACGAGGAAGAUAACUCGCCGCCGCCGCGAAAUUCGAACGUCGACGAAGGUGAGAAGAAACGGAAGCGUAUAAGGGCACACAUUCCAGACGAGGAGGAUGAGGAGAAGGAUAUGGAUGAAGUGAAGCUGAGUGAGCUGAAAAAGGGGAAGAAGAAGAGCGUGGAGCUCGAGCCUGAGGCCGCGAGUGAGAACGAGGAGGAGGAGGAGGAGGAUCGGGACGCGCAGCCUCUUGGUGACGUGGUUAGGGUUUCCGGGAAAGGGAGGUGGAGGAGGAAGCACUUCGCCUCCUUCGAGUAUGACGGUCUUCAGUACGAUCUUGAGGAUCCGGUGCUUUUGGUUCCUGAGCAGAAAGAUCAGAAGCCUUAUGUUGCCAUUAUCAAGGAUAUUUCUCAAACUCGGGAAGGAGCAAUGAAGGUUACGGGACAGUGGUUCUACCGGCCGGAGGAGGCAAAAAAGAAAGGAGGUGGGAAUUGGGUGACAACUCAUACGAGGGAACUGUUCUAUAGUUUCCACAGAGACGAAGUACCUGCAGAAUCCGUCAUGCACAAGUGCGUGGUGCACUUCGUACCUGUAAACAAGCAGUUUCCGCACCGCAAACUACACCCCGGUUUCAUCGUGCAAAAAGUGUACGACACCGUACUGAAGAGGCUCUUCAAGUUGACCGACAAAGACUACGAGGACAACAACCAACACGAAAUCGAUAUUCUCGUUCAGAAGACUCUAUCGCGAAUUCCCGACCUACCUGACCUUGAGCCAGAGGAUGCUGCAAUGGAGCAUGAAGAUCUGUUAAAGAACAAGCGAGUUUUAAGAAACAAGAAUAUUCCAAAUCUGGAUGUUUCCAAAGAGGAUGGACUUACGAGAUCCCAGUCGUUUAAAGCAGAAACUCCUGGAUUUACUAGCUUUCUACCAGAGUUUAAUGCUAUUCUUUCUAAGUCCAAGGUGUUGACCGGGGAAACACAGCGUGACAAGUGGUUGGAAAAACUUCUUGAAUCGGUUAAGUUUAUUUGCACUACUACGGUCUCAUCAAAGCGUAGUACUGAGGAAGAACAAAGUGGGAACAAAAAUGGUAGCCCAGAUCAGAGAAAUGGAUCUCCUGAUAAGGAUGAUGCAUCGUUUGAGUGGCCAGAUGCCGCUGUUCGGGCAGUGGUUGCUCUUGAGAAAGCUGCACAUGAUACACUUUCUGCAGAUUUCCUGAAGUAUAACCAGAAAAUGCGGAAAUUAUCCUUCAAUCUUAAGAGUAAUGCUGUAUUAACACGGCGUCUUCUGAAUAAGGAGUUGGAACCUGCUCAGAUACUUAAUAUGUCGCCUAAUGAAUUAAAGGAGGGUUUAACAGCAGAGGAAAUAGCAAUCCGGGAGCCGGAGGAGUCAGCUCACAUGCAGAUGACCGAUGCUCGGUGUGAAAGAUGCAUGGAGAAACAAGUGGGCCUGAUAGAUAUUAUCCAGGCUGGACACGCUGACCGCUACCAGUUUGAAUGUAUUGCUUGUGGUAAUGUCUGGUAUGCUUCGAGAGAUGAUAUUUCCUCAUUGACCAUCGAGGGCCCCACUUCCGUGAAGACUGUCGGAACUGCGCCUUUGGCUACUGCCAAGUUCGAAGACGUUGAAAAAACGCUGUUGAGCCCGCGUGGCGGUGCAGCCGAAAAUGCCAUCAUGAAAACUACUGAAGCAUUUGUGCCGGUAUUGGAGAAUCAAAGAUCUUUCACCAAAACUCGAGCGGAGGAAAGUCCCACUACUUCCAAGACUAAGUAUAAAAUGGAAUUGGACUUCGACAAAUACUGCGUCAUAGAUGGAAGCCCCACGACCGUCCUCCCAGCCCCUCGUCUUAUUUCAAAAGCUCCGUCGAAAAAAUCGAAUAUCGGAACGCAGAAAUUCGAGAAUGAAAGACUGAGCCUCCACAGGAACUUCUCCGAGAUUAGCUUCAACCGCUACCGAAGUGCAUCGUGCAAGGACGUUAAGCCGAGAAGAUCCAAUCAAGAAGUCGAUCGCGAAUUGCUGAAGAAACGGGGCUCAGUAUAUCAAAGCUCCCAAGAAGUGAAUCUGCGGACUAGGAAAACCGAUACUAAUGUUGGAAGGAAAAAGAUUGAGUUUUCACGAGGUAGUGAUUCCAAACUCUCGUUCGGAAUAAUCGACACGUUAUGUAGUUUGGAUGAAGACAGUCCAUUAGCGGACCGCGACAGGUCCUCGGAAGUGUUGAUGUCCGAACUAAGUACGAGUUCGUUUUGCGAGCGAUUUGUUCCGAACAAGGCUUCUUCCUCCGACAAAAGGGGAAAAGAAUCAAGAAAUAUCGAGACCACGAAUGGUGGCAACAAUUUACACAAGUCGUUAUCGGCGAAAUUAGCUUUGCCACAUUCGCCCGUAAGAAAGACGUUAGAUCCAUCCAUUAGAUCCAAAUCUCACAGAAGCCCGUUGAAUACUUACAACAAAACAAGUUCCGAAACAAUUACAGACAAGCCACAUACUGCGGGAUGUAAUAACUCUGAAAAGAAAGACAACCUUAAUAAUUUGGUUCCCCUUUCUUCCCCAGCACACCUCCACGGCCUCCUCAAGGUGGAAAACAAAAAUGGGGUCCCGUUUUUCGAGUUUUCAGUGAAGUCUCCAGAAGAUUUAUUUUACGUUGCAAAGUUAUGGAAAGUGGAAAACGCCCUAAAUUGGGCGUACACUUUCCACUCGAUUCAUUCAAGAAGAAAGAGCAAUGCUAGUGGUGGAUGGGGAUUUAAGGACAUUAUUAAAGAACCUUCUAUGAUCGGACAAAUGCUCGUUUCUUGUUACUUGUGUACGGAACUAAAAAGCGUCGGAGGAUCUUGUAAGGAUGAUUCUAUGGUGACGGAGUUUGUUUUGUACGAUGUUGCCCAUUCUAGAAGAAGCGUUUCAUCUCAAGACAAUAUUCAUAGUAUUACUACAUCCCCCGACAAUAGGCAUUCGCGCGAUAGUGUUCAUUUUGAGUUACCUUCGUCUCGGCCUUUAUCUGCAGCGGAACUGAAUCCCGAGCUAGAAAUAGCGGCAAUUAUCAUGCGGGUCCCUUUCGAAAAGAGGGAAUCUUUGAAGUUCAAGAGUGGCGAUAGAAGAGUGGAUAAGGCGAAUAUUCCCAACUUGAUGGAUCUUUGUCGGGUCGAGGGUAUUUCGGACAAUUCACGUCUUGAUGGGAAAAUGCAUGUUGUGAUACCGGCGGGGAAUCACGGAUCGCCGAGUAGUGAAAGUGGGUCCCCUUCACCAUUGCUCGAUCGGUGGAGAUUAGGUGGCGGAUGCGACUGUGGGGGGUGGGAUAUGGCUUGCCCCCUCGAUGUUUUUGAUAAUCCUAGGUUUCGGAUUGAUAAGGGAUGUCCGGUUACGGACAAUCAGCAACUCUUUGCGCAGGGGAGAAAAGAAAAUAUACCGGCAUUUGCGAUGCGAGCGAUCGAGGAAGGAAAAACAUACCAAGUGGACUUCCACGCGCAGUUGUCUUCUCUUCAAGCCUUCUCCAUCUGUGUAGCUAUCCUGCACGCAGCGGAAGCUUCCACCGAUGUUGUGGGGCCCGACAGAAGACGAAGCGAACGUGAGUCGAUGAAGGUGUUUGCGGAGGAAGAGAUCGAGAGUUUGAUAGAGAAAUGCAAAGCCGACAAGAGUAAAAUGGAAGGAGUUGUUUCGCCCUUGUCUUUUGUGACAAAUCCGCCGUUUUCUCCGAUUGCUCGUGUGUAAUGUAAUGAAUGAUCGAACGAUGAAAGAAACUUUGUUCUUGGUAGAGAUUUCACAGGGGAAAUUGAAACCGAACCACGAUACUGUUUAUAUUCUUAGAUUUGAAUAGAGAUUAGGGAGGGAAAUAGUUGCCGGUUUUUUCGACUAGUGUUUUUUUUUUUUUUUUUUUUUUCCGAUUAUAAUUUUGGUAAUUUAAGGUGGUUAAAAAUGGUGAAGGGGUUGUACUUACAGUUGCAGUUUGGUUGUAUCUUUAAAAUAAAUGAAAACAAUUACAUCUCUGAUUUAUUUUACCUUUCA